UUGAAUGAGGUUAUAACCUUUUACCGGCACGUCUAAUUUAAAAAUAGGAAAAUGGAAAAAAAGUCCAUAGAUUUCAUACUUAUCUUUCCAUUAUUACUGCUAUCAUUUGUAAUUGUAUUGAUAAUCGUCAACGUAGCCGUAUACGUCAGGAGAAAGUUUCCAGUGAAAGUAAACUGCUGGUUUUGUAACCAGUGGACCAAAGUACCUUACAAUUCAAAGGACGCAUUCGAGUGCCCCGCUUGUUUGCAAUAUAACGGGUUUAGUAAGGACGGCGGCUAUAACAAAGUGCUCCCCGAACAGUACGACGUGUCCUCGACGAAAUCGGUAAGCGGCAAGUAUACGCAGUCGAACGGAUUGUGUCAGCUCUGCAAUAACAACCAGAAACUGCGCGUGUUUCAGCUGGCCAAUUUUGUUCCGCUCGAUGAGGCCAAUUACGAUACGGAAAUCGAGCAUUUUCAAAAGCAAUUGGAUAAGGCGUAUAAGCUGUGCCGUCAGUGUCAAAAGACUGUUCAGACUACGAUACGCAAGCAGAACUGUUUGCUUGGGAUUGACGUGCAGAAGCGCAUAUCUGCCGGUUUCUCGAUGAUGGACUUAACCCAAACGACUAGUGGGCUUAAACGAAUGUAUUUUAGAAAGAUUGUCUUUUAUGCUAUCGUUGUGUUUUCCAUUUUGAAUAUCUGCUACGUUUUGAGGCAGAAUGUGCUCAUUAACAGUGUACACCUGCAGAAAGCAAAAGAGCUUUGUAGCAAUUAUUCGAAGGAUGUGUUUUCUCGAUUUGAUGUUGAGCAAUUGUGGGAAGCUCCAUAUGUCUCCGAUUUUUUGGUAGUAGUAGAAGUGGCAUGGAUGAGCAUCUCUGACGUGUUUACAUCACUGACAGAAGCACUUUUUGGGAAUGCUCUAGUCAUACGUACUCAGUUUUGGUUGUUUUUUGUUGGGCUACUUCUGCAGCUGGUAUGGCUGUGUGUAAACCCCGAAAAUUUUAAGAAAAAUGUGUUCAUCUCAUUCGUAAGUCUAAUAAUGCUGUUACUUGAUCUAGGGUACAUUUCAUAUAGCAAAGUAGAUGUAGAAACUUUAAGUCUUCCUGUUGCCAUUCUAAACAUACUGUCAAUGUGGCUUUCGUAUACUGCCAUUAAAACAAAGCAACGAAAACCUCCCUCAAAGCUGCUCAAAAAGAAAAUUAAACAAAAGACGAUUUUUGCUGAAGAUGACACCCCUAAACCGACCGUAACAGACGAGUCAUGCUUUAUUAGCAAAUUAGUUAAUGACACCCCACUAAUUACCCUCAAAGAUAAGAGAGGGCAGCAUAUUCCUGCCGAAAACUUAUUCGUUAAUAACGCAGACUUAGAUGUAAGCUUAAACAAAUUACACAUAGGCACAACGCCCCUUAAACGAUCUCCCCCCAAAACUUCUUGGCCAGUUUUAGAACGUCCGAGACCCGUUAUUUCACCAGCCCGGUUUCAAUUUGAUAAUUAUCAAACCAACCAAUCGCAGAACUCCCGAAAUCUGUAUACCUCCCAAAGUAACUUUGCUGGAUUUGCUUGCAACUCAUUUUAUUCGCCACCGGUUUGUAAUAUCGGCCCACAGUCGCCUUUCAAUCACACGUGUUGCCCACAAUAUUCGUGUGGGGGCUCGGUGUACCGUCCCUUAAUCAAUAAUGAGCAGCUGGUCUACAUCUCGCCCAACUAUUUACAGUCGGGAGACCUGUAUGAGAUACUCAGACAGAAUUUUUCCAAUGGGAUUUUCGAUGCAAGUUAUAACGAAAGUUUUAAUAAACAACAGUUCCAGAGUGCGGGGUAUAAAAAAUUUAACUGAACUGCAUUUAUGUCUCAGGUAACUUUGUGAUAUUUUGAAUGAAUUAUUUUUGUUAGUUUGUAAGUUUAAUGGUACGUAAGUGUAAUUUUUAGGUUGUGUAGCGUGUUAUUUAAGUUUAAGCCUUUUCGACAUUAACACUGCCCUAUAUUAUUAAUAAAAUCAAUUUGUACAAA